CACAGACAGACAUCUGAGACAUCUCUACUUGGUCUGUGUCACAGACUAAUAAGAGAUACUAUUUUUGUAAUUUGUUUUCCUCUCCCGACCAAAACGAAUUAAUAUAAGUAACUUAUAGGAAUUCGAAUCACAAUGGACGAUAUAGUAUUUAUCGGUGACUGGAUUAAGGACAGAGUUUUGGGAUCGGGAAGUUUUGGUACAGUUGUAUUGUGGAAACAUAAAAACACUGACGAAAGGCUCGCGAUAAAAACGUGCAAAUGGGGCGAUGAGCUCACCGCGAAACACAAAGAGCGAUGGAGCAAGGAAGUGGAAAUGCUGCAGAAUUGUAACAAUCCGAAUAUUGUGGGCACGAGAGAGUUGCCGGCGGAAUUCGAGGCUGGGCUGGCGCCCGCGAACCCGUCACGGCUCCCCAUUCUGUGCAUGGAGUACUGCAGUGGCGGCGACCUGCGGCAGCUGCUCAACAAGCCGGACUGCAGCGCCGGCCUGCAGGAGCCGCAGGUGCGCCAGAUCCUCAGUGACGUGUGCAACGCCAUGCAGUUCCUACACAUGCACAAGAUCACGCACCGCGACCUCAAGCCGGAGAACAUCGUCCUGCACGUAGACAACGCGCCACCGCUUCCGACGCACACACCGAGGAAAGUCAUCUACAAACUUAUUGAUCUUGGUUAUGCAAAAGAAAUUGACUCCAACUCGGUGUGUGCCAGCUUUGUUGGCACUCUACAGUAUUUAGCUCCAGAAAUCCUCUACAGCAAGACCUACAGCAACUCUGUGGAUUACUGGUCACUAGGACUGCUUGCAUUUGAAAUCAUUUGUGGUACUAGACCAUUCCUACCUUUUAUGGCCCCUGUACAAUGGAUGCCAUUUGUUAAAAAAAAGGCACAUGACAAUAUCUGUGUCUAUGAAACAUUCCAUGGAGAUAUUGAAUAUUCAAAUGAAAUCUUUCCUGAAAAUCACAUAUCAAAAGCUUUCAAAGUUUUGAUAGAAAAAUGGCUAAGAGUAGCAUUGGAGUGGGAACCCAAAUUAAGAGGAAGAGAUACUCCAUCUAAAGUAACAUUUAACAUACCAGCUGGAGACAAAGGGUCGCCUAGUAAUGUCAUUAUAUUCAAUCUGUUGCAAAAUAUUCUAAGUACUAAAGUGAUUAAAGUGUUUUCUGUUCAUACUUUGUCAAAACACUCAUAUGAAAUUGAUGACAAAACCACAAUUGCCGAAUUAAAAUUGUGGUUGAGUAGAGACACAGCCAUUCCUGUGCCAGAACAAAUUUUGUUGUCUCAGGCCACAUACUCAUACAUCAAUAAUGAUGACCUUGCAGCAAAGUACUGGAAUGACAGCUGUAACACAAUGUUGUACCUCUACAAUAACUCACAGUUUUUCAAGGAUCACUUGGAGCCGGUGGUGCCUAAAGCUGUCCAGAGAUGUCUUGAACAUCCAAAGGCUUUAUAUAACUUCAAAAAUAGUCAAACACUGUACAAGAAUGCACUGUACUUUGUUAUGUCUCAGAUGGAAAUUUACGAUUCACUGAUCCAAGGACUAUUUACUAGAGGAGAAGCAUUAAAACAUGAAAGCAAGAAUCUAAUGCUUCAACACAAUGUAGUUGACAAAAAAAUUGGGAAACUUGUUGCUCAAGAAGAAGUUGUCUCUAAAAUGACAGAAAUUGGCAAAAAGCAUAUUCAAAACAUAAAAGACUCUGGUGUGGGUACAAAUUACCUGGGUGGCUUUGAGAAGAUCUUUAAUGAUACUUAUGAUUUGUCAGAGAAGUUAACAAAAUUACAGACAGCUUGGAACCAACUCUCGGUACGGCUGCAGUCAGCUGCUAGGCGCAGCACAGAAGGUCUGUCCGCUGACCUCAACAACUUCAUUGCCAAAUACAACUAUCACACAUUGCUUACGAAUGCUAUGAAAGUUUAUGUAACAUACAAAAAGAGUGAGUUGUACAAUGAACAUAAAACUAAAGAGAAGCAAUGUCAUGACAUCAUGAAAGUCUGUUAUGAGUGCCUGAAAUUGAGAAGCAAAAUCAUUUCAGAAUUAAAAAAUCAACCUUUCCUUUUAAAACUCUUGGAUUUAAGUACUGAAUUUGCGAAAAUAUCUGAAAUAGUGACCAACGCUGCUGAUAAUACAGAAAAACUGUCUAAAGACUUAUUAGCAGUAACUGAUGAAAUGAAUAACUGCACAUGGUCUACUUUAAGUAUCCUGGCGAGUGAUGCAGACAACUUGGCUGAACUGCCAUAUAGUGUGGUCUCAUUCCAAAAAAGAGACUUCAAAAUUGGUGAAACUGUGUCUAACCACUGUAUCAAUGUAGCAAACAAAGCAGGCAACGACGACCAACUCAGGUCACUGAUAGAAGAGAGCUUGAAAUUGAGACAAAGUCACAUGAGUCUCUCUGCGAAACUGAAUUCACAGAAGCAACUAAUGACCAAAUCUACAUUUGACUUUAGCUUUUUGAAUGAAAAAUAGAUGUAUUCUUCUAAUAGAAAAUAAGUAAUAUUUACAAUUUUGAUUAAUUUUGUAGAUUACGCAAUAAAGUUUGUAGUAAUUAUGGAUAUUUAUACUGGUGCUAGUAAACUUGUAAAGAUGUGCCUUCAGUAACUUAACAAUUAAUCUAAGAUUAAUAAUAUUUUGUUGUACCUAUCUGUGAUUGUGAUGCAAUAUAGGUAGUACAUAAAAUUACGUAUUUUGGAAUUAACUUUUGUUUUAACUAUCUAUGUCCUAGGCUUAAGAUUUUUUUUACCUACAAUUAUUAUCUAGUCAUUUUAGUUUGUUGUUUGUUUUUAUUUUUAUAGAUAUAGUAGGGAUCUUUUUAUAAUCGUCCAUGGCCAUAUUCUUAUUCAUGAUCUUCCAAUAUUUUUAACUAAACAACAGAAACACUUGUUUUCGUGUUAAGUAUUUGUUAAAGACAUAAAUAAUUAUGAAUUUUGUUCAUUACAAAAUUGUGACAAU